CGCCGCGAAGGAGGCGGGAGGGGGGUGGGGGCGAACGCAGGCUCCGACCCCCGGCCGAGGGGAUGAGGGGAGCAUGGGCGCCAAGGAGUCACGGAUCGGAUUCCUCAGCUACGAGGAGGCGCUGAGGAGAGUUACAGAUGUAGAGCUGAAACGACUCAAAGAUGCCUUCAAGAGGACCUGUGGACUCUCAUAUUACAUGAGUCAGCACUGCUUCGUCAGGGAAGUGCUCGGGGAUGGAGUGCCUCCUAAAGUUGCUGAGGUGAUUUACUGUUCUUUUGGUGGAACAUCCAAAGGGCUGCACUUCAAUAACUUAAUAGUUGGACUCGUGCUCCUUACGAGAGGCAAAGAUGAAGAGAAAGCAAAAUAUAUUUUUAGUCUUUUUUCAAGUGAAUCUGGGAGCUAUGUUGUACGGGAAGAAAUGGAAAGAAUGCUCCAUGUGGUGGAUGGCAAAGUCCCAGAUACACUCAGGAAGUGUUUCUCGGAGGGUGAAAAGGUGAACUAUGAAAAAUUUAGAACUUGGCUUCUUCUAAACAAAGAUGCUUUUACCUUCUCUCGCUGGCUGCUGUCUGGGGGUGUGUAUGUGACCCUCACUGAUGACAGUGACACUCCUACUUUCUACCAAACUCUGGCUGGAGUCACACACUUGGAGGAAUCAGACAUCAUUGAUCUGGAGAAACGUUAUUGGCUACUGAAGGCUCAAUCCCGUACUGGACGUUUUGAUUUGGAAACCUUUGGCCCAUUGGUUUCACCGCCUAUUCGCCCUUCUCUGAGUGAAGGUUUAUUUAAUGCUUUUGAUGAAAAUCGUGACAAUCACAUAGACUUCAAAGAGAUAUCCUGUGGGUUAUCAGCCUGCUGCAGGGGCCCCCUAGCUGAAAGACAAAAAUUUUGCUUCAAGGUGUUUGAUGUUGACCGUGAUGGAGUUCUCUCCAGGGUUGAACUGAAAGACAUGGUGGUUGCACUUUUGGAGGUCUGGAAAGAUAACCGCACUGACGAUAUUCCUGAAUUACAUAUGGCUCUGUCGGACAUUGUAGAAGACAUAUUGAAUGCACAUGAUACCACAAAGAUGGGCCAUCUUACUCUGGAAGACUAUCAGAUCUGGAGUGUGAAAAAUGUUCUUGCCAAUGAAUUUUUGAAUCUCCUCUUCCAGGUGUGUCACAUAGUUCUGGGGUUAAGACCAGCCACUCCAGAAGAAGAGGGACAAAUUAUUAGAGGAUGGUUAGAACGAGAAAGCAGGUAUGGUCUGCAGCCAGGACACAAUUGGUUUAUCAUCUCCAUGCAGUGGUGGCAGCAGUGGAAAGAAUAUGUCAAAUACGAUGCCAACCCUGUUGUGAUUGAGCCAUCAUCUGUUCUAAAUGGGGGAAAAUUUUCGUUUGGAGCAGCAGCACAUCCUAUGGAGCAGGGAGAAGAUAGAAUCAGUAACAACCUCAGUUAUGUGAAUACCACAGAAGAGAAAUACUCAGACAACAUUUCUUCUGCAUCUGAAGCCUCCGAGUCUACUGGCAGUGGCUUUCUAUAUUCUAGCACACCAGGAGCAGAUAUGUGCUUUGCAAGGCAACAUAAUACUUCUGACAAUAACAACCAGUGUUUGCUAGGAGCCAAUGGGAAUAUCCUUUUGCACCUUAAUCCUCAGAAACCAGGAGCUAUUGAUAACCAGCCACUAGUAACUCAAGAACCAGUAAAGGCUACAUCUUUAACACUAGAAGGAGGACGAUUAAAGCGAACUCCACAGCUAAUCCAUGGAAGAGAUUAUGAAAUGGUCCCAGAACCUGUAUGGAGAGCACUUUAUCAUUGGUAUGGAGCAAACCUGGCCCUCCCUCGACCAGUAAUCAAGAAUAGCAAGACGGACAUCCCAGAACUAGAAUUAUUUCCUCGCUAUCUUCUUUUCCUUCGACAACAGCCUGCCACACGGACACAGCAGUCUAACAUCUGGGUGAAUAUGGGUAUGAUGAGCUUGAGAAUGUUUCCUCAGCACUUGCCUAGAGGAAAUGUACCCUCUCCAAAUGCGCCUCUAAAGCGGGUGUUAGCCUAUACUGGCUGUUUUAGUAGAAUGCAAACCAUCAAGGAAAUUCAUGAAUAUCUGUCUCAAAGGCUUCGCAUCAAAGAGGAAGAUAUGCGACUAUGGCUAUACAACAGUGAGAACUACUUGACUCUUCUGGAUGAUGAGGAUCAUAGGUUGGAAUAUUUGAAAAUCCAAGAUGAGCAGCACCUGGUAAUUGAAGUUCGAAACAAAGAUAUGAGCUGGCCUGAAGAAAUGUCCUUUAUAGCAAAUAGUAGCAAAAUAGAUAGACAUAAAGUUCCCACAGAAAAGGGAGCCACAGGUCUGAGUAACCUGGGAAACACAUGCUUCAUGAACUCAAGCAUCCAGUGUGUUAGUAACACACAACCACUGACACAGUAUUUUAUCUCAGGGAGACAUCUUUAUGAACUCAACAGGACAAAUCCCAUUGGUAUGAAAGGUCAUAUGGCUAAAUGCUAUGGCGAUUUGGUGCAGGAACUUUGGAGUGGAACUCAGAAGAAUGUUGCCCCAUUAAAGCUUCGGUGGACAAUAGCAAAAUAUGCUCCCAGGUUUAAUGGGUUCCAGCAACAAGACUCCCAAGAACUUCUGGCUUUCCUCUUGGAUGGUCUUCAUGAAGAUCUCAACCGAGUCCAUGAGAAGCCAUAUGUAGAACUAAAAGACAGUGAUGGACGACCCGACUGGGAAGUGGCUGCAGAGGCCUGGGACAACCAUCUAAGGAGAAAUAGAUCAAUUGUUGUGGACUUGUUCCAUGGUCAGCUAAGAUCCCAAGUGAAAUGCAAGACAUGUGGGCAUAUAAGUGUCCGAUUCGACCCUUUCAAUUUUUUGUCUUUACCACUUCCAAUGGACAGUUAUAUGCAUUUAGAAAUAACAGUAAUUAAAUUAGAUGGUACUACUCCAAUACGAUAUGGACUAAGACUGAAUAUGGAUGAAAAGUACACAGGUUUGAAAAAGCAGCUAAGUGAUCUCUGUGGACUUAAAUCAGAACAAAUCCUUCUUGCAGAAGUACAUAGUUCCAACAUAAAGAACUUCCCUCAGGACAACCAAAAAGUUCGGCUUUCAGUGAGUGGAUAUUUGUGUGCAUUUGAAAUUCCCAUUCUUGCAUCUCCAGUAUCAGCGUGUAGUCCAAUACAAACAGAUUGUUCCUCUUCUCCAUCUACAAAUGGACUGUUCACCCUGACUACCAAUGGAGACCUGCCUCGACCUAUAUUCAUCCCCAAUGGAAUGCCAAGUACACUUGUACCAUGUGGAACUGAGAAGAACGUCACAAAUGGAGUGGUGAAUGGUCAUAUGCCACCUCUUCCUGAUGACCCAUUUACAGGCUACAUCAUUGCAGUCCAUCGAAAAAUGAUGAGGACAGAACUGUAUUUCCUGUCAUCUCAGAAGAAUCGCCCCAGUCUCUUUGGAAUGCCACUGAUUGUGCCUUGUACUGUGCAUACCCGGAAAAAAGAUCUCUAUGAUGCAGUUUGGAUUCAAGUAUCUCGAUUGGCCAGUCCUCUCCCACCUCAAGAAGCUAGUAACCAUGCACAGGAUUGUGAUGACAGCAUGGGCUAUCAGUACCCAUUCACCCUCCGAGUUGUUCAGAAAGAUGGAAAUUCCUGUGCCUGGUGCCCAUGGUAUAGAUUUUGCAGAGGCUGUAAAAUUGAUUGUGGAGAAGACAGAGCUUUCAUUGGAAAUGCCUGUAUUGCUGUGGAUUGGGACCCUACAGCUCUUCACCUCCGCUAUCAAACAUCACAGGAAAGAGUUGUAGAGGAGCAUGAAAGCGUGGAGCAGAGUCGGCGAGCACAGGCUGAGCCCAUCAACCUGGACAGCUGUCUCCGUGCCUUCACCAGUGAAGAGGAACUGGGGGAAAAUGAGAUGUACUACUGCUCCAAGUGUAAAACUCACUGUUUGGCAACUAAGAAGCUGGACCUCUGGAGGCUUCCUCCAAUUCUGAUUAUUCACCUUAAACGAUUUCAGUUUGUAAAUGGACGGUGGAUAAAAUCACAGAAAAUUGUUAAGUUUCCUCGUGAAAGUUUUGACCCUAGUGCUUUUUUAGUACCAAGAGACCCAGCUCUUUGCCAGUAUAAACCACUCACACCCCAGGGGGACGACAGCUCUGAGCUAAGAAUUUCAGGAGGAGAUGUGAAGAAAGUGGAUGUCCCGAGCUCAGCAGGAGAGGAGGAUGUGCUCCUGAGCAAGAGCCCAUCUUCACUCAGUGCAAAUAUCACCAGUAGCCCAAAAGGUUCACCUUCUUCUUCAAGAAAGGGUGGAGCCAGCUGUCCCUCCAGCAAAAACAGUAGCCCUAACAGCAGCCCACGGACUUUGGGGCGGAGCAAAGGGAGGCUCCGGCUUCCUCAAAUUGGCAGCAAAAAUAAGUUGUCAAGUAGUAAGGAAAAUCUGGAUGCUGGCAAAGAGAAUGGGGCUGGACAGACAUACGAACUGGCUGACACCUUAAGCCAAGGACAUGUGUUGGGAGGCAGCCAGCCUGAGCUGGUCACUCCUCUGGAUCAUGAGAGCACUUUGGCUAAUGGAUUCCUUUAUGAGCAUGAGGCCUGUGGCAAUGGUUAUAGUAAUGGUCAGCUUGGAAGCCACAGUGAGGAGGACAGCACUGAUGACCAAAGAGAAGAUACUCAUAGUAAACCUAUUUAUAAUCUAUAUGCAAUUUCGUGCCAUUCAGGAAUUCUGGGUGGGGGCCAUUAUGUCACUUAUGCCAAAAACCCAAACUGCAAGUGGUACUGUUACAAUGACAGCAGCUGUAAGGAACUUCACCCUGAUGAAAUCGACACCGACUCUGCCUACAUCCUUUUCUAUGAGCAGCAGGGGAUAGACUGUGCACAAUUUCUGCCAAAGAUUGAUGGCAAAAAAAUGGCAGACACGAGCAGCAUGGAUGAAGACUUUGAAUCCGAUUACAAGAAGUACUGUGUGUUACAGUAAAGCUACCGCUCUAGCUGCUAGAUGGGCUGGUGGUAAGGGAGGUGACUCCUUGUAGGUGACAUUGGCAGAAUCGUCACUGAAAAGCAGGCUAAGUGUAGUUAUUUUAUCCUGUGACCUGAAGCACAAAAUAAAAAUCCUAACUAAAAUAGCAGUCAACUUUAAGAAUAGUAAUAAUUUUGUUUUGAAGUCUCUCACAAGCUGUCCGAUGGAGGACUUUCAGGCAGACCCCACCAUUAGCCUGUAAACAAGAGGGUUUGGCACCAAUCACCUGGGACCAAUUAAGAAUUUAAUGUGCUUGUCCAGAUAAUGAACAAACUUGUAGUGAGUAUAGAGUUUACCAGUAAUCAUAACAGGAUACUAAGGAUUUCCUUGGAAUCAAAGUAAAAAAACAAAAGUUGAAAUGUUGUCUGGGGACGACAUGAUAUGCUACCUCCUUUUCCCUGAAGUUUCAUUCCAUUGUAUUGACAAAUGGAGAAAGCAAGAUCAUGCAGGGGUGCAGAUGAUUCUUACAGUGUGGACACAGAGUUUUCAAUUUUUGAACCAUUUUCCUGUUCUUUCUAUGUCUUUUUUUGCUUUUUGUUCUUGUUGAGUUUGUGUUUGAAACAGUGAUUGGUGGUGGCAGAAGCUAUGGUGGUGGUUGGUCUGAACCCACGCGUCCCUAAGACCACGUGCCUUUUACCCAGUCUCAGCACAGAGACCCAGGAGAAGGCCAGCCCAGGUGGCCCUCCUGCGGAGGCUUCUCUAGGAUACUUGAAGUGUCCCCACUGGGGCACUGCUGGGUGUGGCAGCUGCCAGGGUUUGCACCAUAGUCCCAUGCAUAUGUUGCACAAAGAGUUUCUAGGAAGGUAUGCAAAAGCCAGAUGUGUUUCCUGUUAGUGGUGGGUUUUUGUUCUUUGCUUCUCGUUUUUUUUUGCACUUUAAAAGAGAGAACACAUGCAAACAAUUGUGCUUGUUCUUUAAUGGCUCUAAGGGCUAUACAUGAACUCCACCAGAGUGUAAAUUUCAAAACAAGACUCCAUCCAACUCCAUUGAUGGUUUGUAAGUAUUGCUAACGAAGCUGCGGGCUUAGGAAGCAGCUCCGCUUGUUUGCAUGUCCACUCCUCCAAAAAUUACAUUGCUUUGCUCACUUUUUUCUAAUUAUUCAAAACUGGAACAAAAAUAUAAAGGUCAUUUAUUUCUGGCAGCAUUUUUCCUGUGUUAUGUUUUAAUAUGUAGUCAAGGGAAUUCUCACUUUAUUUUUGGUCUUUUUUUAAAAAACCAUGGAGACCCUGGAAGUUGAUUCUUGUUUGUUAUCGGAUCCUGUUACCCUCCCUUCCCCAUGACAGUAAAUACCAGUGCAGUUAGUGUUUGUGUUCUGAGAACAGACCAGUGGGCAAGUGCCUAGUUUCAGUGUACUUGAAAGAGUUGUCUCAAGCAACUGCCUAGGCUGACAUCCUUUCAGAAGAGGGAGUGUUCUUAAAAGGAAGGAAUGGCCCGAAAGGAGUGAUGUAAUCACGUCACAAAACGCAUACUUCGUAGAGUCAAGGUUUUCAUGUAUGAAAUUGUCCACUCCUACCUGGACAAGUCCCCUGAAAAAGUGGAAGAUUUUCAAUAAUUUUCUUACAGAUGUUUUAGUUGAGCAGGUAGCACAAUCUACUAAUGUUGUUUGAUCUGUGUUUGUUAUAUCGGUUGUAAUUAAUUUUUUAAAUUCAAGAACUAGCAGAAAAUUUAUUAAAUUAACUAUUAACUACAUUCACCUUGUAAAUUUCUGUAUAAAACUUGUUGACAAUGCACUGACUUUAGGAGGACGUUGAUGUACAUAGAGUGUAAAUAAGAUAGUGUUGAUGUACUGAAUAUGAGCUGUAUAAAAAAGUAUUGGUCAUUGUAUAUGGCGUGUACCUGUUUAUCUGUAACUAUUACCCAAACAAAUUAAAUACUGCAGAUGUCCACAUGUGGUUUUUCCUUGUACAAGUAAACACAAAGAGCCUGUUUCUUCA